CCUCCUUCCUUCCUUCCUUCCUUCCUCCCACUCUCCUCCUCUCCUCUCUCCUGUUCUGUUCGAACGCAGAGGACAUCGGGACCUCGUCUUCUCCCGACUCCCGAUUUACCCGGAGACAUGGAUCUAUGGUUUCACUCGAUCCGGAUUUGCUGGUGGAGGGUUUUGUUCCUGAUGAGUGUUUUCCAGGACUAUCUGAGCUCCAUGCUGGACUGCCCGCCGACCUGCAGCUGCUCUCAAACAGAGAUCUAUUGCAAUAAGUCCGACAGCGGCAGGUUUUUCCCUUUACUCGCCCUGCAGGACACUGGGAACAAUGGGACCAGUGUUGACAUAGCAGAGUUAUUCAAAAACAUCUCCACUAUACACAUAGAGAACUGGACAGGAUUGCAGACUCUGAGAGACGUCGAUAUGGAGCUCUACACUGGACUGCAGAGACUAACUAUCAUGAAUUGCAACCUGAGGGUGAUCCAGGCCCGAGCGUUCGCUCAGAACCCACACCUACGCUACAUCAACUUGUCAAAGAAUCCUCUCAGCACUCUGUCAUGGCAGCUCUUCCAGCACCUCCAGCUCUCCGAACUGCGUCUGGAUGGUGUGGUGUUCGACUGCGGUUGUGAUAUCCGCUGGAUCCAGCUGUGGCAGCAGAGAGGGGAGGCCGGGCUCCACACGCAGCAGCUGUCCUGCAGGAACGGAGCCUCAAAGAUGCGGCUGCACAGCAUGUACAUCCACAACUGUGACUUGCCCGAGAUCAGUGUGAGCCACAGCAGUGUGUUGGUGAUGGAGGGCGACAAUGUGACGGUGAGCUGCAAUGGAUCUGGAUCUCCGCUGCCUGAAGUGGACUGGACUGUCAGCGGCUUGAACUCCAUCAACACACACCUGUCCAAUGUGUACUGGCCCAACAUCCACUCCAUCAACCUGACUCUGUUCAACAUCAGCCGAGACGACAACAACUUCCAGCUGACCUGCAUCGCAGAGAACGUGGUGGGGAUGACCAACUCCUCCAUUCAGCUCAACGUACAGUUUCCUCCAGUGAUCCUGAGACUGGCUGAGCCAGAGCAACGCCUCCACACCUGCAUCGAGUUCACGGUUCGGGGUUACCCCCACCCCAAACUACGCUGGUUCUACAAGCAGAAGGAGGUAAUGCAGAACGACUACAUUCGGACUGAGAUGGACUUCUACCAGGACUAUCUGGAGGGCUGUCUGACCUUCCAGAACCCAACUCACAUCAACAACGGCAACUACACCCUGGAGGCCAGUAACCCACUGGGAACGGUCACAAAGACAGUGUAUGGUCACUUCCUAAUGGAGCCAGGCAUCAUUGACGAAGACGUAGUGGAACUAGUUACAACGCCAUCAGGUAGUGACUCAAGUCGACCAGACGAAGAUACAUUCGGGGUUUCCAUCGCCGUUGGUUUGGCGGGCUUUGCCUGUGUCCUUCUCCUCGUCCUCUUUGUUCUCAUCAACAAAUACGGCCGACGCUCCAAAUUCGGUAUGAAAGGUCCAGUAGCUGUGAUAAGUGGUGAGGAAGACUCUGCCAGCCCUCUUCAUCAUGUCAACCACGGGAUUAUUACCCCCUGUACUCUGGACGCUGGUCCUGAUGCAGUUGUUAUAGGGAUGACUCGUAUCCCUGUGGUGGAGAACCCUCAAUACUUCAGACAUGGACACAACUGUAACAAGCCAUCCACCUUAGUCCAGCAUAUAAAGCGGAGAGACAUAAUCCUGAAGAGGGAGUUGGGUGAGGGAGCGUUCGGUAAAGUCUUCCUGGCGGAGUGUUACAACCUGAGCCCCACCAAGGACAAGAUGCUGGUGGCUGUCAAGACACUGAAAGACCCCAACCUGUCUGCAAGGAAGGACUUCCAGAGGGAGGCGGAGCUGCUGACCAACCUGCAGCACGACCACAUCGUUAAAUUCUACGGAGUGUGUGUAGACGGAGACCCUCUCAUCAUGGUUUUCGAAUACAUGAAGCACGGAGACCUCAACAAAUUCCUCAGAGCCCACGGCCCAGACGCCAUGAUCCUGGUAGAUGGCCUGCCACUGCAGUCCAACGGGGAGCUGGGCCUUUCCCAGAUGCUGCACAUUGCCACCCAGAUUGCCUCGGGCAUGGUUUACCUGGCCUCCCAGCACUUUGUCCACAGAGAUUUGGCGACACGCAAUUGCCUGGUAGGCAAUGGCCUGCUGGUGAAGAUUGGAGACUUCGGCAUGUCCAGGGACAUCUACAGCAGCGACUACUACAGGGUUGGAGGACACACCAUGCUACCUAUUCGCUGGAUGCCUCCAGAGAGCAUCAUGUACCGGAAAUUCUCCACGGAAAGCGACGUCUGGAGCUUUGGAGUCAUUCUGUGGGAGAUCUUUACUUAUGGGAAGCAGCCUUGGUUUCAGCUGGGUAACAACGAGGUUAUUGAGUGCAUAACCCAGGGUCGGGUUCUGGAUAGGGCACGGAUUUGUCCUAAGGAGGUGUAUGACAUCAUGCUGGGCUGCUGGCAGAGGGAACCGCAGCAGCGACUGAACAUUAAGGAUAUUCAGAAGGUCCUUUUCGCCAUGGGAAAAGCCACGCCGGUCUACCUGGACAUCCUGGGCUAGCAGCAGCCGCGGAUGGCCCGUUCCUCGCCAGACAGACAGAUGGACAGAGACAUACGGACAGACCGACACACACGAACCCAGGAAUAACCAAACCAACCUGCUCCACUGUCGAAAAACAUCUACAAUGUUUGGGAAGGACUUAAGUGCCUGCAACACUUUUGGAUAUAGUGGAUAAAAUGUAUUCAAAAAAAAUAACAAAAAAAACACGCACUUUUACAUUUUGUUUACUUGCGUAUAAGAUGUACAGGUUUGAAGAAAACUUUUUUUCCCCUCAAAAAACUGCAAAAAUACACAAAAAUGGAGACAAAAAGGGAAGCAAUGUAGACUGGCAAUAGGAAAAUGGCCACAGUUUGAUUCUACUAUAGAGAGAACACAUCAGAGUUAAAAUCUAUCCUGGGUUUGGUUUUAUGAAUAUAUAUAUAGAAAUAUUACAUAUAUUUUAUAUUUAUUUCUUUUUGUCAAGGUGUUGGAAGGUCUAUCAUGUUUGUUGCUAAGGGCUCGGCCCUGUCCGAAGACGCCACUGACCAACUAUUGGCAGGGACUUGAUGAUGGAAGCCUUACUUGCACUCUGAUUGGCCGGCUGAGCUUUUAAUGGAAACCCUGCUUCUGUGGAAUUACACUGGAUGGUUUGAAAAAAGGAGCACUCCGUAAAGGACCUACCCAAUCAGACAACUGACAAAUCUAUUUUAAUUUAAAUAUAAUGUACAUAUUGUAAAAUUCUAUGUGUCAAAAUUAUGUUAACUUAUUUUUUCGGACGUUAUUUUAGUUCUUUUUCUGACUGUGAUCUGGGUGGCUAAAGUUUAAAGCUAUGGUAAUUGUUUUCAUCUUAAACUAGAGGAGAUUUCUCUCGGCAGUUACCUGUGUCAGUGCUGGUAAGUUGUCGUAAGUGCUGAAGGUGAAUAGAUUUUGAAAAGCCCACUGACGCUGAAUCACAGACUUUGGAGAACAGGGACGACUUGGAGCCAUGGUUCAACACAACACUUUUCCAAAGAGGUUAGGAAACCUCAUGCUCACUUUUUCCAGUUCAUUCACACCACAGCCCAUAACACAUACACACGCUUUGAGAAACUAUCCUGUCAUUUUUCAGGCUUUAUGGUAUAAAACUGCUUUUCCACUCUAAAGAAAACAUUUUUGUGACUGAGAUUAUAAAUCAUUUGUGAGGCACAGGUGUGCGCCCUGCAUACACAGGCUACGGAAAUCUGUAAGGGAAAGAAACGGUUCGACAUUUUGAGAAAAUGCAAUUAUUUACUCUCUCGCUGAGAGUUGGAUACUGCUCCUAUAAUCUGUCAGCUCAAUGUGAAGCUACAACCAGGAGUUAGCUUACCCUUGCAUAAAGUCUGGGAGCAGGGAAACAGCUCGUCUGGCUCCUUUCAAAGGGAAGAAAAUCUGCCAACCACCACCUCUAAAGCACCUUUAACAUCAGCAGGUUGAGAGAGCUGAGGGGAAAUCACAGUUUCUAGGCUCUGAUCCAGAAGUGAGAACUCAUCUUUCAAAUGUACACCCAUUUAUGAUAAGGCAAAUUACCUGUAUUUGAACAGAGCCUCGACCCCAACAUCAUUUCCCAAAAGUCCAUGGGUGAGUUGAGCGGACUCAGCUGGUGAAUGAAAUUGAUCGGGAUGAAAUCAUGGUUUUUUUUUAAAUUAAAAAGGCUUGAACUUCUACCAGCCACGGCUGGGGUAGACAAUGAUUUAUCUAUAGACAGUUACCACAGGCUUCAUCGUGUUGUUCAGAAAGACAGAAACUAGAUUGAGUUACAGAAGCUAAUGGAACAGAGCUUAGCUGGAACAUAGUCCUGCUUCGCCAGACCUAUUUUCACAGUGCUGACGCAGCACUGUGAAAAUAGGUCUGGGCCGUACCAUUAUCAUUCUGCUCUUGGGGGAAAAACAGUCAUAAUCACAGGUGUCUUGGGUGCUGCUGAGCCCAGGAUGCAGUGAUAGUGUCCCUGAAAAAUAGUGUGAGGACGGAGAGGUUGUUCUUGUGGAACAUUUCCCCACAUGGAGUCCACACAAAGAAGUACACACACAAAAAGUAAAAGGUGAAUGUCGUCUGCGUAAUUGGACAAUCCAAAUAUUCAGGAAACUAGCUAAAAACCUAUAGGGCAUUUUCAGAUUAUAGGUAGUUUGCUUGAAUGUUGAGGUUGUUUCGUGAAGUGAAAGGGAUUUCGACAUUGGUAACAGAUUGAGAAAGGGAAGUAAAGAAGAAUGCUGCGUGAGAAACUGGUUUAUAUCCAGUGUCAAUGGGUUGUGUCAGACUAGCCCUGAUAUGAUUGCUACUUAGGCACAGCUCUAUAUUCUGUUUGUUUUACCUACAACAGCCUAAUUUAAAGAGUUUUAAAAGUAACGAUGUCACCACAAGGCUGCCAACUUUCUCCCUAAAUAAAUAAGAUGUAAAUCUGUGGGUUUUAGCCACGCUAACACGCUAAUGUUAGCAUACGGACAGAGGCAGGUUUACUGUCCACUUGUUUUCAGUCUGUCCUCAGCUAAGCAGCUAUUAGGAAUUCCUAUUUACCCCACAGCCAUUAGAGUAGUGUUGUUUUUCUCAUUGAACUUUUGGCGACAAAACUAAAUAAUGUAUUUUCCAUAAUGUUGAACUACUGCUUGAUUGGUUAUCAUCAGUAUCCUGCCAAUUCAAAAUCCAUGAAAAGAAAAACAAAGGCUUCAUCUCUCACAUUUCAUUUCAAACAACUAAAUGAAAACAUUACUUUAUUUUAUUACCCUAAUGAUCUUUAUUAACUGUUCGUGACUCACAUUCACACGUUUUCUUCCUUGCACUCGUGGCCUUUGCAUGUUUAGCGAUGAUGAGGUUUCACGCCCAUCCUUUGCUUUGAUAAAAACCUCUCCUGUUAACCAGAGAGGCGCCACUGAAGCAGGUAGAUAAUCUUGUUAAUUUAUGGACGUCACGUCAAAAAUAAUCAUUACUGAAGUGGAUCAGCUAAAUGCGUUGCUGUGCGUAUUCCAUAUUUUCUGAACUGGAAAACAUGAAGAGUUUUGUUCCAAAAUGUGACCCCCCCCCC